AUGCAGCCGCCACAAACAAAUGAGGAAAAGCAGUUGGACCUUGCAUUAGAUGAUCUUAUCCAGAGGGUUCGAGAACUUAAGCAGGGUGUUUCAAGCUUUAUAUACAAGCUUGAGAAUGACUAUCAGAAUAUUUCAUGGCCUAACAUGAUGGAGCACUUUGGAGUACUUUCCUCUGGCCUGAGUUCAAUAAAACGAUUGUUGAAGACAGAAAAGAUGCCACUGCUGAGGAACUAUGUUUUGUUUCCAAUUUUACUGUCCCCUGACCGAGAUCCACAUCUUGAGAAAUUAACAGAAGGCCGUGUCUCAGCUUUCAACCAUGAAGUGGUGCCUGACUAUCUUCGCACGAAGCCGGAGCCAGAAGUGGAAGAGAAAGUACAGAUGUUGAGCAGCAAGGCAGCAUCUAUCACACCAGAGGUGGCCCAGAAACAAUUGACUAUGCUGAACAAGAUUACCAGUAACAUUCUGGAUAUUAUCAAUGCUUCAAGUGAUGACUGGGACAAGGACUCUGCCAGUCUAAGGAAUGCCCUUCCGCCAACAACAUCCCAGCAAGAGACAGCAAUGCUGAUAGCCGCAGUAACCAAGGGGGUGAGAUUACGGAGACAAGAUUCUCAGGGCCAGAUGUCACCGGCCCCGCAGAUGGGGUCCAUGCCAACACAGCAGCACCAGCAGCAGCCUUUGCCUCAGAAGCCUCAGAUGCCUGGAUCUGGUAUUGGCAGGGUCCCAAGUGCCGUAAAGACCAACAUUAAGGCCGCUGUUACGUCACACCCAUAUCAAAGGCCAUAG